AUGCAGGCCAUUCUAAGUACAUCGUUUGCAGUAAGCGAGAUUUCACGACGUCUGGACAGUAUUGAGGAAAAACAAAAUCUAAUAUUGAAGGAGUUGCGCCAGGUCCAGGCACUGACAAAUGGGCGAUGUUUCGAUAUCCUCAGCCAGUAUCAUAAAGAAGAAAUUGAUCGCAUGAUGGGCCUGUUCAACACCAUGAAAUUAUCUGAUCCAACAGUAGGAGCUGUUUUUGCCACAACCGUACCGGCGGUGACGGCCGCAGCAAUUCAGCAUCCUGUUGCUGCCGCUGCUGCGGCAGGGUAUCGUCAAGGUAUAUCUGUUUAA